CCGGUAUCAGACCCGAGCCGAGCUUCCAGUGCACAACAUCGCUACUCAUCGGUCGAAACCGUACGAAGUCGCAGCUCUGUAGGAAGGAUACUCGUUCGGGCCACAGCCUUUGUGAAGUCAUAGUACAAAAAUGAUGAAAUUCAUCGCCGUGUUUGCCGUGCUGAUCGUCGUCACCUCGGCCCAGAUCCGCCCGCUGUCCAUUCCGCUGCGGAACCCGGGAGUCUACCCGGGUGGUGGUCCCGAGGCCAGCGCCGUCAUCCUGAACCAGGUGUACGAACCGAACCCGGACGGGUCGUACAUCUACAGCUACGAGACGAGCAACGGUAUCCGGGCCGAGCAGCGCGGCUACCUCAAGAAUCCUGGAACCCCGGGCGAGGCGCAGGUCAUGCAGGGAUCCUACUCCUACACCGGCCCGGACGGGGUCGUCUACACGAUUAACUACAUCGCCGACGAGAACGGAUACCGUGCUGAGGGAGCGCACAUCCCCUCGGCCCCACGGUACAACCCUCGCUAUCCGGGGCAGUUCCAGUAGGGCGGCUAGUUAGCAGGGACGCAGCAGCUUGGCCCAGGGCCAGUGUCCAUCGCGGUUCGCGGUAGCGAAGUUUGAUAUUUAUUGGCUAAAAGAGCGCGCCGGCUAAAGAUCAUCGCGAACGCUGCCCGGGUCCAUUAUCCCCAUUAGACCGGUGGCAGCCCUCACCUCACCAGCAAUUGCAUUCCAUCGACACACUCAUCGGUCAAGCGUUAGGUGCGUUAGCCGGGGCCACGAUGGGCGGUGAUUUGUUUGAAUAUUUUUCCCCGUCCUUAGACGCUCUCUCUCUCUCUGGUGGCCGCGCUCUGGCGCGGAAUAUUCACCAUCCACCAUUGCGCCAAGCCAUGACACUUCGGCUGGUGGUCAUCAGCGUGACAUCGAAGACAUUUGACUGCGAGAGCAGAAAAAUGGCCAGCAGCCAGCUUUUGUACAGAAAACUUUAUCACCCGUCCUUCGCUGCGAAGUGCGUCGUCGUUCGCUCUUUCUUCGCGUCCAUGAAUCAUUCCCGUAGCUCAUGUAUUUGUAUUUUACUGUUUCUUCUAUAUUUUGUAUUGAAAUUCAAAUAAACCAGCAAAAGCCUUCACAAAGGAGGCCACACGGAAAA